AUGUACCAGAGCUUUAAGCACGCCAAGCCAGCUGGAAAGAGAAUCCAAAAGCAAACACCCCAAAAGUCUCGCAGUGCGUCCCAAGCCCUGUUGGAUUACACGCAAUUACACAACACAAAGGACUUAUAUCCUGUCACCUUACCGCGGAUUCCAUUGGGUAUUCAGAAACGAGGGCCCCAGUCCGUCCCUUCCCUCUUGCAACCUGGCCCUAUACAUAAUCUCGUGAAAGCCGGACCAUACGACACGUAUGUAACAGCCAUGUUCAGCGCAGAGCAGCUUGGUUCAUCAAGUGCGGACUCUAUGAGGCUGUUGUGCUGUGAAUACCUUCCUACAACGGCUAUCUAUCCCGAGCUUGGAUCCACGACUUGGUACCUCUGCCUGGCAAUGCAUGCAAUGGGGGUGUCAUAUGUGACGUUAUACCAACCCUAUGGCUUCUCUCGGCUGAUGGACUAG